CGACGCUAAUUGAGCACCUGCUGUGUGCUCCUCGUCUUCUAACUGCAUGGUAAUUUACUUGCUUAUCUUGUUUAUUGUCUCUUUCUCACUUCCAGAAUCCUCCCAAGGGCAGGGACUUUAUUUUGUUCUCAGCCACUUCACCACCCCCACACCUCCUGCCCCCAACCCUACCUCCCAUCUCCACACCCAUCACAAUGCCUGGCAUGCAGGAAGGUCCCCGAAUUAGUGAAUGAAAAUUAAAUUAUAAUAGAAAUGCCUAACAUUAACUAAGCACCUUCUCCCUGCUUAUCACCUAUUACUGAAGCAUUCUUACUGAUUUAUCUUUGUUGUCUGUUUUCCUGACUAGAAAGUCACGUUCGGGAGGGCCAGGGUUUGUUAAUCUCUUUUCCCUCACCUCUUUGUCCUUACCACACAGUAGGUUCUCAAUAGCUAUAUGUUGGAUAAGUAAUAAAGACUAAAUUCCAAUGAUUAUGGUUAACAGACUUCAUAAUUUGCUUAAUUCUUUGGUUUAUUGUUUCCAUCUUUUUAAAAUAUAUUUUUAAUUGAAGGAUAAUUAAAAUAUUGUGUUGGUUUCUUCAAUACAUCAACAUGGAUGAGCCGUAGAGCCUGCUGUCCACAUCUCUUCCCUGAGCUGCCCACUUGGAGCCAUGGCACAGCCGACAAAGCCUGACAUGUUUGAUUUGGGCCUGGGCACCUGGAGCCCUAGAUCCCGGGAGCAGAGCCACAGGGCUUGGGGGGCACCCUCCAAGGGUGUAGGCAAGAAGCUGCCCGAGUACAAGGCUGUGGUGGUGGGCGCAAGUGGUGUGGGAAAGAGUGCACUGACCAUCCAGCUGAACAACCAGUGCUUUGUGGAAGAUCAUGACCCCACCAUCCAGGAUUCCUACUGGAAGGAGAUGGCCCUAGACCACGGAGGCUGCAUUCUGAAUGUGCUGGACACAGCAGGGCAGGCCACUCAUCAGGCCCUGCGUGACCAGUGUUUGGCGAUUGGCGAUGGUGUGCUGGGUGUCUUCGCCCUCGAUGACCCCUCAUCUCUAGCCCAGCUGCAGCAGAUGCGGGCCACCUGGGGCCCACACCACACCCAGCCCCUUGUCCUUGUGGGCAACAAAUGUGACCUUGUGACCACCACUGGAGAUGCUCAUGCCGCUGCUGCAGCCCUCGCAAAGAGCUGGGGGGCCCCUUUCAUAGAGACCUCAGCCAAGACACGCCAGGGUGUGGUGGAGGCCUUUUCCCUACUCAUCCAUGAGAUCCAAAGGGUCCGGGAGGCCAUGGCAAAAGAGGCCACGGCAGGGCCAGGUGGGGAUAAAGGCCGGCACCAGAAAGCCAUGUGCCACUGUGGCUGCUCUGUGGCCUGAAGGUCUUAAGUCUAGAAAAGUGGACCCUCCCCCAGACCAGGGUGAUGGUUCCUUCACAUGGCCCCCACUACCAGCAAGUAGCUGUGUGGGACACUGGGUGUCUCUUCUUCUGGGGAGGUUUUCUUUUGGUGAUGGGCUUUUUGGCAGUGUGGAACAUAGUGUUGGUUGUGUUAUAUCAAGUUGAGAGAUUCUGUGCACAAAUAAAUGGUGUUCUUAGGUUUCAAAA